AUUUUGCAAGUUUUUUUUUUUGCCUAUUGGCUGCAUUCUUUAAUUUUAAUGUAAGUUUUAAUAAAAAUCUAGUUUUUAUUUGUAUUAAAUGUUUUAUGCAACUUCAAUAGGAAGGUUGACUCAACAUGAUGUCCGGAAUCCUGAAACGAACUGUCUGCCCUGGAAGUAAAGCCGCCCCAGAUCCGAUCGAUCGGUUUCUGGAGCAACACCUGCUCUUCCGGAAGCACGUUGUGAUGGACGCCUCCAGUUUGUUCCGCGUGGUCGCCGAGCAGGUUUACGACACCCAGAUGCUGCACUACGAGGUCCGCAUGGAGUGCGUUCGCUAUAUGUUCCGGAAGAGGCGCAGCUUCCAGCGAUAUAUUAGUGGGGACUAUGACGAGUACCUGUGGCAGCUGGAGAAGACUAAGACCAAGGGCACCUUGCUGGAACUGCGAGUUUUGUGCCACUUGUACCGCCGGAAUGUCGUCAUCCACGAAGCCUACGAUCUGGGAAAGCUGCUCAUCUUCAGAGAGGAUUACCCGGAGACCCUACGUAUUUUCGUGGACCGCCAGGAGCACUUUGACACUGUACUGACUAUGUCGGAUAUUGAGAUCGCUGCCGUUUGCCAGGCCGUAGCCUUUAAGAUGCUCUAUAAGAUGGUCUUUCGCCUGCCGGACGUGAAUCUCGCAGUGGAGUGGAUGCUGUACCCACAGACCUUCAAGUGGGGCACCGACAUGGAGUUUGAUCCUAGGGGCAAUGUCAUCCGUUUGCUCUGCAGCAAUGGAAGAAGCUUUAAGCUGGAUCCCCCCGAGCGCACCCUUUGCGUCUUGAAAAACUACAAGGACUGCCCGUUCCACAAUCGCAAACUGGAGUUGGGCCAGGAGAACUUCCGAUCCAUGCCCGUGUCCUGCAUGCGGCGCAUUCUCGAACAGAAUUGCCUUCCCUUUUGCUACAUGGCAGCCAAAUCAAUGGAUCCCUAUAUGUAUCGCAACGUGGAGCUCAACUGCCUGAAUGCAUAUCGUCGUGAGGCAAAAUCCUUGAAUAUCUAUACGGGUGACUAUAACUUCAGAGUGGGAGCCAAGUGCCUUGUGGAGUUGGAGCCGAACAAGCAUGGCGAGCUGAGCAUUUGCCAUAUCCAGGCCAUCAAUAAGGACAUGUCCGCUUGCGAGGUGUUUGUCGAGGGGCAGGGUAAACUUCUGUCCGUGCCAUUUGAUACCGUACAUCCACUGCCGCCGGAUGAAUUCAAGCCCUGGGACCGUCUGCCCAAGCGGCGAAUCAAUCUGCCACGUCGCGUUAAAAUGAGUUUCAUGAAGCGGCAGUUUCUGCAGCUGGAGAACGCAUCCAAUUCGCAGUAUCGUCGUCAGAAUAAGCAAGGCGAAAACUUCAAAAUGGAAUCUCCGACUAACCACACAAAAUGGGAAACUGUCACAAAUCAAUCUCCACCACUGCCUCCGCCGCCUGUUCAAGAUAUUCAACUGUCAUCAUUGCCUCACCAGAUAUUUGGAAUGGGUCCGCCAAAACCUCGGCUCAUCACUCCGCCAAAACCUCGGUUCAUCACUCCGUCACCAAUGGUUAUUCCCCGUCCGGUUUUCGUACAAGGUCCGCCGCCUAUAUUUAGGCCUCCUGGACUGAUGCAUUAUGAUCGAGCAUUUAUGCAGCCCCGUCAUCUGAUUAUUCGUCCUCCCGGCGCCUUCGUUUUAUUCGCCCCACCAGGGACUCCUCCUCCACCUGGAAUGAUUCCUAUUGUUAUUGGCGAUAUGAUCCAGCCGCAUUAUGUUCCCGACCCGCAUUCUGCAUAA